CCCUCUGUACCCAAGCUGGCACCACUGUCUCCUUCCUUCCACACUUCAACUACUAGAUCACUACUUCUACUAAAUACUAAUCUCCUCCAAAAUCUCAAAAACCCUAACCCUAAUCUCCCUCCAACCCCCUCUGUAAAUACACCACCGCACCAUUUUUCUUCACUUAAAGAGAAAAACAAAAACCUAGCUCUCUCUCUUCAUCACUUCACCUCCCAUGCUUUGACUCAGACAAUUCCACACACGCUAAACAAACAUGCUGCUACACCUGAUGUGCUUCCUCCUCCUCUCGUUGCUCUCAUUCACCACGUGCUCCAAUUCGUCGCGGCCUUCCGUCUACGACGUGCUGCGGGCCCACGGGCUUCCGAUGGGCCUGCUGCCCAAGGGCGUAGUCGACUUCGAAGUCGACGACGAUGGCCGGUUCCAGGUGCACCUGGAUCAGGCCUGCAAUGCCAAAUUCGAGAGCCAGUUGCAUUACGAUAGGAACGUCUCGGGGACGCUGAGUUUCGGGCAGAUCGGAUCCUUGUCGGGUAUUUCGGCCCAGGAGCUGUUCCUCUGGUUCCCUGUUAAAGGAAUCCGGGUCGACGUGCCCAGCUCCGGCAUCAUUUACUUCGAUGUCGGCGUCGUUUAUAAGCAAUUCUCCUUGUCUCUAUUCGAAACUCCGCCGGAUUGCACCGCUGCCACCACCUCCGUCGAAGCCAUUGGAACCGUGUUCGAGGACGAAUCGGGGAAAUUGCGGUACAAGCUUGAUCAUGAACUUGUUGGGAGAGAUUUUGUGUAGAGUUUUGGAGGGGGAGGAGAGGAGGUGUUUUGAAGGUGUGGUCUAGAUUAGUUUUGUUGGUUGGUUGAGUGGUUUUAUUUUUAGUGGCCAGUGAAUUCGAUUGGAACCCAAGAUUGGAGGAGGCAAAGUUAUUUCCAGUCAGUUUUGUGUCACAAAAGCGCAAAAGGUUGAGUGAGGCAGAAGCCAUUGAUCAGAUGAAGCCCAAAUCAGGUCUCUAAACUUUGAACUUGAAGGACUCUGUUUCAAUUGUCAGAAAGAGUUUGAGCAGAGGUUU